CACCCCACACACGACUCCUCCCUAGCUCCCAUCUUUAACUUACUAUUUUUAACCGUUGCUUAACGCCUCUCCCAUCACUACCACCGCAACCAUACGUUUCUUCUCUCUCUCUCUUCUUUCUCUUGCAUAAAUUCUCGCAGAUUUUUUCUCUCUCUUGCCCGGACACAUACACGAUAGUACUUUCCUCCUCCUCCUCCUUCAUCUUCUCUUCUUCUUUUUCUUCUUUUUCUUCUUUUUAUUUUUUUUCUUUUGAAUGGAUUCUUGCACAGAGAACCAGGGCUUUUCUUCCCCCGAUACCGGUACGCCUCGAGCUGCCAUCUCUUCCGUACAACGAGCUCUGUGGCUCAUCCAAUCUGACGACCUUGAUUCCAAGAUUGAAGCUGCUAAAGAAAUCCGCCGCCUCACUAAGACCUCUCAGCGGUGUCGCCGCCAAUUAGCUCAAGCUGUUAAUCCGCUUGUUUCUAUGCUUCGAAUUGUCGACUCAACUGAGUGCCAUGAGUCCGCUCUCCUCGCCCUUCUCAAUCUUGCUGUUCAAGACGAGAAGAAUAAAAAGAGCAUUGUUGAAGCUGGAGCCUUGGAACCGAUAAUUGGCUUUCUGCAAUCAGAUAAUUUAAACUUGCAGGAAUAUGCAACAGCAUCUUUGCUUACUCUAUCAGCAUCUGCUGUUAACAAGCCGAUUAUAAGUGCUUCUGGUGCCAUUCCUCUAUUAGUGGAAAUCCUUAGAUAUGGAAGUUUACAAGCUCAGUUUGACGCAGUAAUGGCUCUUUCUAAUCUUUCAACACAUCCGGAUAAUCUCAACAUUAUUAAAGAAACUAAUCCGAUGCCUUCUCUAGUUAGUUUGUUGAAGACAUGUAAAAAAUCUUCAAAAAUAGCUGAAAAAUGUUGUGCUCUAAUAGAAUCCUUAGUGGAUUUCGAUGAAGGUAGAACUGCAUUGACAUUGGAGGAAGGUGGAGUUCUUGCCGUUGUUGAAGUACUUGAAAACGGGUCAGUGCAAAGUCGAGAACAUGCUGUUGGGGCUUUAUUGACAAUGUGUCAAAGUGAUAGGUGUAAAUAUAGAGAACCAAUUCUUCAAGAAGGUGUUAUUCCCGGUCUUCUUGAGCUUACAGUACAAGGAACGCCAAAAUCUCAGAUAAAAGCGCACACGCUAUUGCAGUUACUGAGGGAGACUCCAUAUCCAAGGUCAGAACUUCAACCAGAUACACUACAAAAUAUUGUGUGCAACAUUAUUUCGCAGAUAGAUGGUGAUGAACAAUCUAGUAAAGCAAAAAAGAUGUUAGCUGAGAUGGUUCAAGUUAGCAUGGAACAGAGUUUGAGACAUUUACAACAAAGAGCUAUGGUUUGCACACCAAGUGAUCUGCCUAUUGGCACUUGUACUUCUGAAGUUUCCCUAAAAUGAUUAUUUGGGUAUCAAAUUUUCUCCCUUUUAUCUUUUUUGUCAUUUGGGUUUUGUGAGAUAAGGCUUUCCUUUAUAAAACAGAAAAAGAAAAAAAAAAGUAUAGUGAAGAAAAAUGCCAGUCCAGGCCCUAGUGUUGGUAUCAGGUGACUGGUGAGCAACAAUAAUCUUGAAGUUGUGUCAGAAGCUGAAAUCAUAGUCUGUAGUUGUAAAAAACCCAAAAAAAAAAAAAAAAAAAAAAAAAGAAAUCAUUA